UUGGGACAGGUUGGGAGACCUGCAUUCGAUGAGUUUCUGAAGAAAUAUAUUGCUACCUUCAAGUUCCAAUCAAUUGAUACUGAAACAUUCCUUGACUUCCUUAAAGCUAACAUACCUGGCAUAGAGAACCAGAUUGACUUGGUGCGGUGGACGGAAGGUACUGGCAUUCCUCCUGAUGCUUAUGAACCUGAUUCAACUAUUUAUAAACAGAUUGUUUCACUGGCAAAUGAGUUCAAAAAUGGGAGGAUUCCAAGGGAAGAUGAAGUUGCUGAUUGGCAAGGUCUGCAGUGGGAGCUCUACUUGGAAAACUUGCCGGAACCGAUUGAAGCUUCUCAGCUUGUAGAGUUGGACUCACGCUACAAGUUAGCUGAGUCGAAAGAUUACGAUGUAAAGACGGCAUUUCUCAAAUGGGCUAUUUCAUGCGGAUGCAAAACUUACUACAAUGAAGUGGAGAAAACCUUAAAAGAAGUUGGGAGGAUAAAGUAUCUUCGUCCACUUUAUACUGCUCUUAUGAGUGGGAACGAAGAUGAUAAAGUAUUUGCCAAAAGAGUAUUUUCAGAAGCCCGUGAGUCUUACCAUCCGAUUGCUCAAAGUGUUGUUGAGGGUAUACUUUCCAAUAAUCUGUAGAAGCAACAAUUAUCGGAUUGUUUAAUGUAUUUGGACGUUUGCAUGUUGUCUUUUUCUGUACUCCUUUACAAUAAAUGAGGUUUAUCUUCA